AUGGAGCAGCGCACCUUGGGGACGAUGGCUGCAGCAGCAAGCCUCACAGACGAAGAUCUUGCUGCUUGCGGGCUUUCCUCAAUUCACCCUUUAGCAGCAGAUCUCACCUUCGACCACUAUCCAGACUUGCUGGUGCAGACAGCAGCACCAGCAGCAGCCAGCAGCAGCAGCAGCAGCAGCAGCAGCAAGGGACAGUUUCGCUUCUUCUGGGAAAACCUCGCCAGCAAAGGGUUGGAGGGCUUCGCGCCGCGGCGUCUUGCUGCUGCUGCUGACCUGUUCGAGACGUCAGCAGCUGCUAGUGUGCCGGAGCAAGUGCAGCAGCAGCAGCAGCAGCAGCAGCAGCAGCAAGAAGAAGAAGAAGCAGAGGCCCUAAUUACGAACCCACACAGCAGCGCCGUUGCAGAUAUAGACGGAGACUGUCGUGCCGAUCUGCUGCUG